AUGUCGAAUGAUGAAACUACCGCAGAAGACAACAAGUGUAAGAAUAAUUUAAUUGGAAUGAAGAAAAAUGAGGUAGUUUUGUGUAGGCGUAAUUCCCAGAUUGUCAUUCACUAUCCUAUCGGUGAGGAUCUUUUGAAAGAAGAAUGUCGAUGGAAAUUUUUGGAAUGGUAUCCACGUUGCUACCUUCCAUGCAGUAUCAAUUCUUAUUACACUCAUCCUAGGUCAUGUCAGCGGAAAAUGCAAUCAUCGAAAGUGGCUAACUCAUCGUAUAACGCUGUCACUAUAUCAUCAGAUGACAGUGUUAUGGACAGUAUCAUGUUGGAUGAUUUGCCGGAGCAUAUUCAUAUACAAAUUAUGCAAUAUAUACAUCCAACUGAACGCUUCAUUAAUGUUUCACUGGUAUCAAAAUAUUGGUACAAAGUCGUUAAUCGAGGUAUAUUCUGGCGUGAGAUCUGUAUUCACUUAUCUUGGUCUCAAACAGUCUCAAAAUCAUUACAGAUUUUUCUUCGAAAGCUGGACGAAAGUUGCAUCAAAUUAUUUCAGGCUCAAAUGCAUGUCGAGAAAAUGUGUAUAAAUACGUUUGAAGAGAAUCCGUUUCCUGAUAAGUUGUUUAUCAGUUUAUUUCCUCCGGAAAUGAAGCGCAUGAAAGUACUAGAUAUAGGUUUUCAUCCUAUGUUAUCACAGAGUUUAGUAGAAUUUUUUUCAAAAUGUUUUCCGAAUUUGCAAGAGUUAAAUGUCGAAGGAACAAAAGCGUUUGGUAGUCAUGUUUAUUCUACUCUAUUAUCAAAGGGUUUCCCGAAUUUAAGAAAAAUUCUAAUUUCAAAUUGCUCAUUAUUGUCUGCUGAGGAUUACCGUCAAUUUUGCCGUAUCAGUCGACCCAUUGAAGUUUUAAGUGUAGAUGGAACUACAUCUCUGGGUAACUUCUCCGCGAUGUAUUUGGAAAAAUCGCCUUUUGCGCUAACUCUUACUAGGCUUUACUUAGAUGGUGAAGAUAUGGAUGAUUUUGGAUUUCAAGCUCUUACUGCUUGUAAAAACCUAAAUUUGCUCUCCAUUUCUUUUUGUGAAAAUCUUACUGAUGCUUCAUUAGAUUUUGUCAAGACGUUUCCAAACUUGGGUCAUCUUCACCUAAGAAAGGGUAGAAAAUUUACUUUCGAUGGAUUGAUGAAACUGUUCAAGCUAUGCAAUAAUGAAACUGUCAUGUUUCCUGUGAUGUUACGCUUUUUGGACCUAAGUGAAUGCCCAGCUGUAGAUGAUCGUGUUGUAGACCAACUUACAUCGAGGAUCAGUCGUGGUCCCGUGGUAGAUGGUUCUAUAUUACGCUGCAAAUUCACUUUACUAAGAUAA